AUGGCCGAGCCCGCUCUCGCCGUGCGGAGGAGGAGCCGCAUCAGCUCCGCUCGCAAACGGAGCCACCCCCCUGCACGGCCCGGGGCCGCCUGCUCGCCGCUGGCUCGCAAGAGACACAGUGCUGGGGGUGAGGGGUCCCCGGCCGAGCCCCCGUGUAACAACGAUAGUGAAGAGGAUAUGUUUGGCGACUAUGACAGCUUCCAUGAAAGUGAUUCUUUAUUGGCUCAAGUUCUUGAUGCAGAGCACCAGCACCCCCAGGAAAAAGGUGUGGACAUGAAAGCAGCCAGGGAGUUUGCACAUGGGAAUCUUCAGUCAGAAAUGAACCAAAGCAAGCAAUGUAAUUUGCAUGCUACAGAAGAUAGUAGUAUGCAUCAAGUGGAUGAACGUUACGGCUUCCAAAUGAAUGAAAAUGAUGCUGGAGACACCAAUGAAGACCUCAGUGAUUCUGUUUUCGAUGAAUUGCCUUCAUCACAACUUUUGUAUUUGGAGAAAAUGGGUGAGCUUUCUUCUCAUUCCCAAAAAUCUGCAGGGAAAUCCCAAAAAUCUACAGAGAAGAUGGAUGAGUGGAAGAAUUCCUCCUUGGACAAAAUCCGGAGUCCAUCAUCGCCAUGUCCUGACUCUGGACACAAGAACAGAAGCACAAAACCUUCCACAGGCUCUAGGUCUGAUUCAUGUAAAAGCGUGAGUCUUAAAGAUCAUCUGAAAAAUGCUAUGACUGGAAAUGCCAAAGCCCAGACUCCAGUGGUCUCAAAGACCAAGCAGCUUAAAGAAGCUAUUUUAUCUGAAGAGAUUUCUGUUGCUAGGGAAACUAUUGAAUCAUCGUCUUUUGAUAUAGGCCCGUUUUAUGGAUUACCCAGUAAAGUUAAACAUCUCCUCAGGCAAUUUCGGGGCAUUGAAACACUUUAUGAAUGGCAGCAUGAUUGCUUAACAUUAAAAUCUCUACAGCAGAGGAAGAAUUUGAUUUACUCGUUACCAACCAGUGGUGGAAAAACACUUGUUGCUGAAAUUUUAAUUCUCCAAGAAUUACUCUGCAGGCAGAAGGAUGUUCUGAUGAUCCUGCCCUAUGUUGCCAUUGUCCAAGAAAAGGUUUGGGGUUUAUCAAGCUUUGGGAUAGAAUUAGGUUUCCUGGUUGAAGAAUACGCAGGAAGUAAGGGAAGAUUUCCACCCAUCAAGAGAAGAAUAAAAAAGUCACUUUAUAUCGCUACCAUAGAAAAAGGACAUGCUCUUGUGAAUUCUUUAAUUGAAACAGAUAGAAUCAGUGACCUCGGUUUAGUUGUAGUAGAUGAGUUGCAUAUGAUUGGUGAGGGAAGUCGUGGAGCAACACUAGAAAUGACUCUUGCAAAAAUACUUCAUGCUAGUACAAACACACACAUUGUUGGAAUGAGUGCAACUUUAAAUAAUGUUGAAGACCUGCAGAAGUUCCUGCAAGCAGAGUACUAUACUAAAAAUUUCAGACCGGUAGAGUUAAAGGAAUACAUAAAGAUAAGAGAUACAAUUUAUGAAGUUGACAGCAAAGCAGAAAAUGGCUUUACUUUUUCACGUCUCCUUAAUUUUAAGUAUUCCAGUAGCCUGGAGAAAGCAGAUCCCGACCACAUCGUUGCACUGGUUACUGAAGUUAUUCCAAAAUAUUCCUGCCUAAUCUUUUGUCCCACUAAAAAGAACUGUGAAAACGUGGCUACAAUGGUUUGCAAGUAUCUGAACAAAGAAUUCAGAGCUCACAGGGAGAAAGAGAAACAGGACCUAAUUAAGAACCUAAAGGACAUUGGAAAUGGAAGCAUCUGUCCUGUUCUGAGGCAAACAAUUCCUUUUGGUGUUGCCUAUCACCAUAGUGGCCUGACAAAUGAUGAAAGAAAGAGUAUAGAAGAAGCAUAUUCUAAGGGUGUCCUGUGUCUUCUUGCUUGCACAGCUACAUUAGCUGCUGGUGUUAACCUGCCAGCAAGAAGGGUGAUUUUAAGAGCCCCUUAUGUUGCUAGUGAGUUCCUGAAGAAGAAUCAAUAUAAACAAAUGAUUGGCAGAGCUGGUCGAGCUGGUAUUGACAGUGCUGGUGAAAGUAUUCUCAUAGUGCAGGAAAAAGACAAACCUUUGGUUCGGGAUUUAAUAACCAGUCCUUUGGAGAAUUGUUACAGCAAUCUUCUGCCAGAGUUCACCAAGGGAAUGCAGUACCUGUUGCUAUCAUUGGUUGGAUUGAAGAUUGCAGUUACCCAAGAGGAAGUGUACAGUUUUAUGUGCCAUACAUUGCUGGGUGUCCAGCAGCAGCUGCUGUUGAAAGAGAAGAGCCUCUCAGAGAUUGUUAGAGAUGAACUAGAAAAUCUAAUAGAAAAGGGGCUCUUAAAAGGAAAAAUAAUGGAAAAGGAUCAAAAUUCCAAAAGUACACUAACAAUCACACUGUUGGGUAAAGCUACAUAUAAAGGCUCUAUAGAUGUGUCGUACUGUGAUCUUCUUUACAAAGAACUGAGGAAAGGCUUGGAAGGGCUGGUUCUUGAGAGCAGUCUUCAUCUUCUCUAUUUAGCUACUCCAUAUGACAUGGUUUCCAACUGCAGCCCAGAUUGGAUGAUAUACUUGAGGCAGUUCAACCAGCUGAGUUCAGCAGAGCAAAAAGUAGCAGAUAUGGUAGGAGUACCUGAGAGUUUUAUUGCAAAAAAGGCUUCUGGUCAAGCCAUCAGAAAGAAUGUGGACACUGCUGUUGUGAACAGGCUGUACCUGUCAUUUGUCCUGUAUGCCCUACUGAAAGAGACCAACAUAUGGAGCGUCUCAGAGAAAUUCAACAUGUCCCGAGGUUACGUGCAGAAUCUCCUUACAUCUGCUGCCUCAUUUGCUUCUUGUGUUCUGCAUUUCUGUGAGGAACUGGAGGAAUUUUGGGUUUAUAAAGCCCUGCUGACAGAACUUACCAAGCGCUUGACAUACUGUGUUAAGACAGAGCUCAUUCCACUGAUGGAGGUAGCAGGGGUUCUAGAGGCACGAGCUAAACAGCUCUAUAAUGCAGGGUACAAAACUUUAGCACACUUAGCUAAUGCAAACCCAGAAACUCUGGUGAAGACGAUCGAGCAUUUGUCACGACGUCAAGCCAAACAAAUGGUUUCAUCUGCAAAGAUGCUGCUGACUGAAAAAGCUGAAGCUUUACAAGAAGAAGUAGAGGAACUCCUAAAGGUGCCUACGGAUAUCCCAUAAACCUACUGACCGGCUCAGUCAUGAAAAAAAUAAUAAUGAAUUGAAGUAUUUGGGCAUGUCUUAGGUUUUAACUUUGUCCUAUGUAUACAUGCUGUAAAUAUAAUAAAUAUUUAUUA